ACACCUGAAAAAGAAAAUCUUGUUUCUUCCUGUUUACCUGAUUAAAAUGCAAGUUCUGUUUCUUCCGUGUCACAAGAGGUCUGCCGAUAGGAGCGAUGUUGGUAGCUGGUGGUAGUGUGAAGUCAUUGUUCAGGUCCGUUAGAUUUAUAUGUGCUCAACGUGCCGCGGCUCCGUCAUCACUCUGCGGAUGUCACAGAGGGACACUGCUCGUGCUCCACAGCAGAGCAAGCAGCGGCACGCGGGACGUAACAGGGAAGCUGGUGCGAGAUGGUGUGGAUAAGAAAGCAGUGAUCUGCAUUGAGGGGAACAUUGCCAGUGGGAAGACGACAUGUCUGGAGUAUUUUAGCAAAACUAGCAAUAUAGAGGUCCUCACAGAACCCAUCUCUAAAUGGAGGAACGUCCGUGGACACAACCCUCUGGCUCUGAUGUACCAGGAUCCUGAGCGCUGGGGCAUCACACUGCAGACGUAUGUUCAACUCACCAUGCUGGACAGACACAUGUCAGCUAUAUCAGCCCCCGUCAGGAUGAUGGAGAGGUCCAUCUUCAGUGCCAAGUACAUCUUUGUGGACAAUCUCUUCAGCAGUGGUAAAAUGCCUGAGGUGGACUACGCUGUUCUCAGCGAGUGGUUUGAUUGGAUCACAACUAACAUUUCCAUUCCUGUUGAUCUGAUUGUCUACCUGCAGACAUCUCCUCAGACCUGCCAUGAGAGGUUAAAGCAGAGAUGCAGAGAGGAGGAGAAAGUCAUUCCAUUGGAGUAUCUGGAGUCUAUCCACCAGCGGUACGAGGACUGGCUCAUCAAGAAGAACUCCUCCCCUCUUCCUGCUCCUGUUCUGGUGAUUCCUGCUGACAACGACCUCCAGAAGAUGCUGCAACUGUACGAAGAAAACCGUGACAAGAUCCUACCAGCUAACUAUCUCUGAUUUCUAAGUUGCACACUCUCACAUACAGUAGCUCUAAGAUUCAGAUUUACAUUUUUAGAAAUUUGAGAAAAUUGGACAACUUUAUAUCCAAAUACAGUUUAACCGGUAUGCAUGCAUAAGGCAUAAUGCUCACAUUUAGUAGCUUUUAAUUACUAAGUUUCCUUAACAAUGUAAUGUUCUGUAUAUUAUAAAUAUUCUCACCUACAGAUGGGAAACGCUUCAGAAAUAGUUAAAUAUUCCAGUAUCCAGUAUAAUAUUCUCAGCUUUAAAACAGUUCAAAGUUUCUUCACAGAACCUGAAAAGACUUUUACUUGAAACUGUGAGCUUUAACUGAAUCAUUCUACAUUGUGUGCAGUUUCUUUGUCCGUGUUUAUUAGUUUGGUUUGUAUUUUGCUAUGUAAUGAAAUGCACUUGAAGUUUAUCCUCAGAACUUACAUUUUGUUGUCACCCAGAUAUGAUCCAUUAUGUGUUUUGGAUUUUAAACCUCAAUGGUUCAACAACCAUCAUUCCCCCUGCUACAGACAAUACAUGUGUGUAUAGUCUGUGAAGUCACGUCAUUCAUUGUUGGACCUGAUGACCAUGUACGGUUAAAAUGUUUCUCUGGAAUUACUUUUAAUAAAAGGAACCUUUGUUUUUGUUUUUUACAUAUUUUGCCAUAUUAAUAAAUAUAUUAUGUAAUCCUAUUUUAGUUUUUAAGCAUAUUCUGCUCUUUUGUGUUGAUCCGAUAUGUUAAUUGAAGGAGUUUGUAAGGAAUAAAAUAUGAGCUGUUUAGA